CCACUAUACGGCCAUUGUGUUUGAGCACUGAAGGGUUCAUUUAGUAUUCUCCAGCCAUCGAUUGCGCGAAUAUUUAAAGAGUUAUAAACCUACGGAGGAUUUAUAAUUAUCUAACGUGCCAAAUGCCGGCAGCAGAUCUGAAACAGAGCUCAAAUGUCAUUCCCUUCGCCUGGUGUUGAAUUACAAACACUCAUUCCUUCACACAUUUGAAUACUUCUCUGGCGAUUGCGGAUAGCGCUAAAGUUGAUUUAGACUAUUUAAAGGAUGCAGCUCAAACAAAAGACUGCAAAACCUGUUGGCCGGAAAGUGAGCAAAGCUCGUCCGAUCACAGUGAAAUUCCCAAUCCCCAAAUCUGCAGUGGGGAAGCUACGAACAUUGGCGAUCAGUAGAGACCAAAGGCUUUUGAAUUUAGGCGUUCUUGCUGUCCAGAUUAGACACGAUGAGAGCAUUGUUCUGGGGAUAGAGCUAGAAAAGACAAAAAAGAAAGCUAAAAGAGCAGCUGAAACCAAACACCCGGGAUUUGUGCAAAACAAGGCUGAGAUUUCUCAACAAAAUGCAAAUCUCACGAGCGGGAAUGCUGAAGCGAGUUUGAGUGCGAUAGCAGCGAAGGCGUCUAAAACACCAAUGAGUGUUGGAUUUCAUGGCAGUAAUUUAGACGUAUUGUUAGCGAAAAGUCAGGCUCGGAGAACCGGUGCAAAAAGGGGUCAAUCGAGUGCUCGGCCGAGAGGUAGGCCUAAAACCGGUGGAAGGCGAGGAAGACCGCCGACUCAGCCUCUUAGCGAACGUGACAAUCCUUACUUGAACGUUUCUGUUGGCGCGAGCACAUGGGAGUCAGUUUACAGGAACAUCGGGGCACCAAAUGACAGACGUGUUCUGAAGCGGUCAUUUAGUACAGAUAUUUCAAGUCUGCAGACGCCAAAAAGCACGCGCGAAAGUACCUCUAUUAGUCACUCUGAUUUGAAGAGAGCUAAGUCUUGUAGUCCCCCCGGUAGCUCACCGAUUUACUCGGAUCCUGACGAUGGUCUCAGCUCUGUCUCCAGUUCGCCGUGCUCCCACUCUCCGAUGAACUCAGACGAGCUUCUAAAUCUGUUCAUUGAUCAGAAGUUUAGUGCUACGUCUGUCCUUCGUCAGCUUGCAGAGAAUUAUACAGAAGACGGAUUUCAAUACCAGGAUAUAAAGAAAGAUGUGGAAGAUAAGGCUGGAAGGCAAGAAGGGGCGAAGGAGGGUUGUGGCUUGGAAUAUAUGCAUGGUGAUCCUGGCCAGGUUGUGGUCUCAUGCAUUGGUAAUUCUAAAGGAAAUGAUAAAGCCAUAGGAUCUACAAGCAGUGAUCAGCCCAUUCCUCCUUAUACUAAUGAAAACACCAGCUCAAGAAGAAGUGGUAUCAACAAUAUAAAUAUUGACAGACAGACCACAUCAGUAAGUUGUCCACCCAAUGUCUCAAGUGCUCCGCAAGACAUAGGACAGCAAAAGACAACAGUAGCAAGUAUAUCCUAUGAGUGUAACACAUCAGCUGGAGUUCCAACAUCACAAGCUUCUCCCACAGUAGCAAAGAAACCAAGAAGCUUUGCACAACUUGGGAUCUACCCUGCAUCGCUCGGAAGUGAGAUGUUAGAUUUAAACAGCACAAGAACAAGCAUGGCCCCAGCUCUUUCCGCUAUGCAGACGGCAAUGUAUGGUAACUAUACUGGUCUUAAUCAGUAUUACAGUCCUAGGCAAAUGGCCAGAGGUCCAAUCCAGAGUGUAGUGUACAAUGUGAACAAGCCUGUCACUGUCCUGUCACCGAGGAUGUCACGGCCUGGCCAUGGUCACUAUGCUGUUGCUGGUCAUAGUGAUGGCAUGACUGUGAUGAGCACAUGUACAAGCAGCUCGGUAAAUUCAAGCAAUUACCCAUCAUCAGGCUACUUCUCCCCGCUGACUUAUCCACCUUCAUUGGGUAACACAGGCAUGGUUGCAGUCCAGCCAGCAUUUCCAGGAAGUGUCAGUCAAGAUCAUGGAGCAAAUAGUUGUGGUGUAAGUACAGCUCCAACAAAAAGUGAUACACUUGCUGGCACUCCUCAGCCGGAACUGGGUGUGUCAGUUCCUGCUGAGACACCUGCACUGCCUCAGAAAUGUGCCAAGGUUGGCUCAGAAUAUAAUAAUACUUCCAGUGUAAAUGAUAACUCGAGAACAUCAACUAGUUCACCUGCCCAUAAUAAUACAAAAAGCUCAAACACAAGCCCUGUAGUUCUGGAUCAACAGGCAGGGAAUGUGGACCUCAAUAACAAUGUUAAAGACAACAUAGGUCCUCAGUGUACAUUAAGUUAUGUCUAUCCAAUGGGGACCAUUUGGUAUCCCUAUGUAGCUGUGACACCUUAUGCGAUGGUCGAUAACAACAAGAGCAAAAUCACCACAACAGAAGGUGACGAAGAGACAAAUCCAAGUAAUGAUACCAAUGCAAAGCAGUAUAUUGACCUGGCAGGAUCCAUGAGGUACUGGCAGCAACUUUCACUGUUGUACAAGAACAGGAUGCAGAUAGGUAAUGCAAACCUGUCAUUACCUGCCCAUCAAGGCUUUGUUAAUCCUAUGGCUGGACAGUCUUCUGGUACUAUAACACCUACUGAUGGUACCAACAAUGGGCUGAAACCAUCAGUACCACCCACAACCUUAUCACAGACAGUUUCUACAAGUAUUAGUAAAUCAGCAACAGCCACAACAGCAUCUGCACCUUCUUGCCAAGCCCGAGGAGAUUCACCAACAGGCAACGGAAAAGAUGAUGUUAUAGAAGAAAACAGUGCAGAUGCAGACAACAGUCUUCACAAUGCUGAAAAUGAAGAGGGCAGAGAUCCUGUCAAAGAGGAUAAUCCUUGUUCACAAAGUGAUCCUCCACUCGCUAGAGCAUCAUCUCUUGAAGAUUCAGACAUUGAGAUAAAACCCAUAGAUGGAGAUCAAUCUAACGAUAAGACACCUUUAGUAAGUGAUGACAGCGAUAAGACUGAGUGUCAGUCUGAUGAUAACAUGCAGAGCAAUACAGAGACUGAACCUGCUAAUGAGGCACAAUCACCUGACCAAGAGGUUGACAAUAUAGAGUGUGAUUCUCAAAAACAGCAGCCUAGCACCAGACGUGCAUCAAACUCACCCCCUGCUGAGCUGAGCUUUAUUCCAGAUAGCUCCAUUGAGCAUGUGAAUGUUGGUAACAACAGCAGCGGUACACAGACAACUGGAGAUUUCAAGAGAUCUGGAAAGGAUUUAAAAACAAGAUCCUCAAAAAGAAAGAAAUCAAGGAAAUAAUUUAUGAUAAGCAAAUCCAUACAUGUAACAGAGCUAAAAGAACACUAAUUAAUAACACGUUUAUGUACAAGGGUAUUGUUGUUUUGUUGGCAGAGCACGUUUUGUUGGACAUUGCUGACAUUGGUUUUUAAAAUGUGAAUCAAACUGGAUUCUUGAGGAUUGCAGUGAAUGCAUGGCUGGCAUUCAAUUUUAAGUCAGUUCUAAAUAUAAAAAAAUGUGUUUGAAAAUUUAUAUUUUUCUGAUCAGAAACUGUGAAUAAUUAGGUGUUAUUUGAUUUUGGUUUAUUUACGUUUAUGUACAAGGGUAUUGAUGUUUUGUUAGCAGAGCAUGUUUUGUUGGACAUUGCUGACAUUGGUUUUUUAAAUGUGAAUCAAACUGGAUUCUUGAGGAUUGCCGUGAAUGCAUGCAUGGCUGGCAUUCAAUUUUAAGUCAGUUCUAAAUA